CUUCACUCGUAGUAGAUUAAUCUUCUCUUUAUUAGUUUCAUUGUGAAUGGUAUUGUUCGUCAUGGAAAAUUUUUAAAGAUUUUUUUUUAUUCAAUACAAAGUCGCUUUGUGUAGUGUAGUUAUCUAACGAAAUUGUAUUUCAAUUGAAAUAAUUAUGAUAACAAAAAUGCAAUCACAAGCAAAUGUUGCCGUGCCACAAUCUGUCACGACACAGCCUCAACAAAUUGUCGGCGUUCCUGCUAACGCCGUGAUCUUGAAAAUGUCGGAGAUACAACAAAUAUCUACAGUGGGACUGUUGGAGCUCGCGCACAGGGAGUAUCAAGCUGGCGAUUAUGAUAGUGCAGAAUUGCAUUGUAUGCAACUAUGGCGUCAAGAUGGCACGAACACGGGAGUGUUGUUAUUGCUGUCCUCCAUACAUUUCCAGUGUCGGCGAUUGGAUAAAUCAGCUCAUUUCUCAACAUUGGCUAUUAAACAAAAUCCUUUAUUGGCUGAAGCAUACAGUAAUCUAGGCAAUGUUUACAAAGAGCGUGGUCAGCUUCAAGAGGCUCUUGAAAAUUACCGUCAUGCAGUGAGACUAAAGCCGGACUUCAUUGAUGGGUACAUCAACCUGGCAGCAGCACUUGUUGCUGCUGGAGAUAUGGAGCAAGCAGUACAAGCAUAUGUUACCGCACUCCAGUAUAACCCUGAUCUCUACUGCGUUAGAAGUGACUUGGGCAAUUUGCUCAAGGCCUUGGGACGUUUGGAUGAAGCAAAGGCCUGUUACUUGAAGGCCAUCGAAACGAGGCCAGACUUUGCAGUAGCAUGGAGUAAUUUAGGAUGCGUCUUUAAUGCGCAAAGUGAAAUAUGGUUGGCCAUACACCAUUUUGAAAAAGCCGUGGCAUUGGACCCGAAUUUUUUGGAUGCUUAUAUCAAUUUGGGAAAUGUACUUAAGGAAGCAAGAAUUUUUGACAGGGCGGUGGCAGCUUAUCUUCGAGCUCUUAAUCUAUCGCCGAACAAUGCAGUCGUUCAUGGCAAUUUAGCUUGCGUGUACUACGAGCAAGGACUCAUUGAUUUGGCCAUUGACACUUAUAGACGUGCUAUAGAAUUGCAACCUAAUUUCCCUGACGCAUAUUGUAAUUUGGCCAAUGCCCUCAAAGAAAAAGGACAGGUGGCCGAUGCAGAAGAAUGCUACAACACAGCAUUAAGGUUGUGUCCAUCCCAUGCCGAUUCUUUGAACAACCUUGCGAAUAUCAAACGCGAACAAGGAUAUAUAGAGGAAGCCACACGCUUGUAUUUGAAAGCGUUGGAAGUUUUCCCAGAGUUCGCUGCGGCCCAUAGCAACUUAGCUUCUGUUUUGCAGCAACAAGGAAAAUUAAAUGAAGCACUUAUGCAUUAUAAAGAAGCAAUUCGCAUACAACCAACUUUUGCUGAUGCCUACAGCAACAUGGGCAACACUCUUAAAGAAAUGCAAGACGUGGCUGGAGCAUUGCAAUGUUAUACCAGGGCCAUCCAAAUCAACCCCGCAUUUGCCGACGCACAUAGCAAUCUUGCUAGUAUUCACAAAGAUUCAGGAAACAUACCAGAAGCUAUUCAGUCGUACAGAACUGCUUUGAAAUUAAAACCAGAUUUUCCCGAUGCAUAUUGCAACUUGGCACAUUGCUUGCAAAUAGUAUGUGAUUGGACCGACUAUGAAGCGCGAAUGAAGAAGUUGGUCAGUAUAGUGGCCGAGCAACUUGAGAAAAAUAGACUCCCAUCUGUCCAUCCCCAUCAUUCUAUGUUAUAUCCUUUGACACACGAAUUCAGAAAAGCGAUAGCGGCUCGACAUGCCAACUUAUGUUUAGAGAAGGUGCAAGUUCUCCACAAGCCGCUAUACAAAUUCCCAAGAGAAUUGCAGAGCCGUUUGCGAAUUGGAUAUGUUAGUAGUGAUUUUGGUAAUCACCCAACGUCGCACUUAAUGCAAUCAGUACCGGGGUUGCACGAUCGCAGUAAAGUAGAGAUAUUUUGUUACGCUUUAAGUCCUGACGAUGGCACCACCUUCCGUUCUAAAAUAGCUAGAGAGGCCGAACAUUUUACCGACUUAUCUCAAAUGCCAUGUAACGGUAAAGCGGCUGAUAAGAUUUAUGGAGAUGGCAUACACAUUUUAGUGAAUAUGAAUGGGUAUACUAAAGGAGCUAGAAAUGAGAUAUUCGCCUUGAGGCCUGCUCCGGUUCAAGUUAUGUGGUUAGGAUAUCCAGGAACGAGUGGAGCUAGUUAUAUGGACUAUUUAGUAACCGACGCAGUGACAUCGCCAGUCGAACUAGCUAGCCAGUAUAGUGAGAAGUUGGCAUAUAUGCCACAUACCUAUUUUGUGGGCGAUCAUAGGCAAAUGUUCCCACACUUGCAAGAAAGACUUAUUUUGAGUGACAAAGUGAAAUCCCAUAAUAAUUUGGGUAGUCUCGCUGACAAUGUUGCUGUGAUUAACGCAACAGAUUUGUCACCGCUUGUGGAAAACACUGAUAUCAAAGAGAUCAAAGAAAUCGUAAGAGCUGCAAGGCCUGUUGAAAUUUCACUAAAGAUAGCCGAAUUACCUACGACUACCCCCAUCGAAACUAUGAUAGCAUCCGGACAAAUCCAGACUUCUGUUAACGGAGUUAUUCUUCAAAAUGGCUUAGCAACGACACAAACUAAUAAUAAAGCGGCAACCGGUGAAGAAGUACCUCAGUCCAUUGUAAUCACAACACGCCAACAAUACGGUUUGCCUGACGAUGCUGUGGUUUACUGUAACUUUAACCAGUUGUACAAGAUAGACCCAUUAACUUUACACAUGUGGGUCUACAUCUUGAAACAUGUGCCUAACAGUGUAUUAUGGCUUCUUCGAUUUCCUGCUGUUGGUGAACCAAAUCUACAAUCUACAGCACAACAAUUAGGACUACCGCCCGGUCGUAUUAUCUUUUCUAAUGUAGCCGCGAAGGAAGAACAUGUGCGUCGCGGACAGCUUGCCGAUGUGUGCCUGGACACACCUUUAUGUAAUGGACACACAACAAGCAUGGACAUACUUUGGACUGGCACUCCAGUUGUAACAUUGCCUGGAGAAACUUUGGCAUCCCGUGUGGCUGCAUCACAAUUGAACACUCUUGGAUGUCCUGAGCUAAUUGCUAGAACAAGGCAAGAAUACCAAGACAUAGCUGUAAGAUUAGGAACAGAUCGGGAAUAUUUAAAAGCAAUUCGAGCGAAAGUGUGGACGGCGCGUAUGGAAAGCCCGUUGUUCGACUGUAAAGCAUACGCAUCAGGUCUUGAGAUGCUUUAUAACAAGAUGUGGGCGAGGUACGCGCGCAAUGAGCGCCCGGACCACAUACAGGCUAUAGAUAAAUAGAUAUCGCACGGUGAACACAGUGAGUGGACGUCUAAGAAACGCCGUUGGUGCUAAGUGUGUGAAGUUUUAAGUGAAGGAAUAUAAGUGAUAGAUGUGACUUAAUGUCAAUGACGCUGUGUGUCACUGAUAAAUAAUAAUAAAAUAUAAUUUGAUGAGUGAUUUUGGUUUUGACGACAAAUGUGUCCUGGUUUUUUCAAUGGUAUUUGCUUAGAAUUUUCUAGUCAUACAGACGCAUACAGUCUCGAAUUGUUCUAGAGAUAAUACUGACAUGGAAUCUUAAUAUACUAAGCAAUAAUUUAUUAUGAUGUGACUGUGGCCUUGAUUGCACAAUUUUGCAAUAAUUUAGCUAUUAUGUAAAAUUACAUUGCAAGAUUUUAUGGCAGUAGGUAAAUGUUGUCCUUACUUGUUAUGAUGUCUUGUUUAAUAAUAGCAGAGAAUAUAUUUAAUGACUAUAACAGAGCAAUGCCAUUAUGCUUUUUCAAUUUUUGCAAUACAAUUCUAUUAUAACAGUAAUAAAUAAAUUACAUGCUUAAACCCAGUGUAGUUCUAGCUGUAAUUUAACUGGCUGUCGUUUAGAACAAUAUGUUUUUGUCUAACAUAAUCCGACAAUACUUAUUUAAGUCUAACAUCAAUUAGUUGCGAUAAGUGAAGCACCAGUGUAAUUUUAGUAAUUACAUUAUUAACAGCCAAAAUGUUAUAAAUAUAUAAAUUUGUGAAAUGCGAUUGUAUUGUGGAAAAGUUAAUUUUUUUUGGAUGUAAAUAACUAAAAAGCAAUAAUACAUAUUACAUACAAUGUAGAAAAUUAAAAAGAUAAUUUAGCUUUUAACUGUUAAAUAAAUUUGUUUGAUGAUCAAAUUAGAAAUUCCAUUUGUGUUAAUUUUUUUUCUUUUGAUGUCCUGAAGAAAUAAAAUAAUAUGUUAAUUACAUGCAUAUUUUGUCAAACAGCUUGAUGAUCAACCAAAUUAUGAAAAUGUGAUGUAUCUGCAAAGUAUACACAUGCAUGUAUAUGAUGUAUCUGCAAAGUAUACACAUGUAUGUAUGUGAUGUACCUGCAAAGUAUACACAUGUAUGUAUGUAUGUCUUUGACAUAUUAGUUAAACAUGUUUUAUGCUAGGGUUGCCUACUGGGUUGUAUCGAAUAACAUGAACUUCAAAUGUUAAUAUUUUAUGCCAUUUUAUGAUAUUUGUGUCGAUACCACAUCGUUGAUGAACUAAUCAACAGGGAUGUUUUAAAUCAUCUAUACUAUACUUGCUCAUUACAAUUUCUUCUACAAAAAUAUAAGGCAACCCUAAUUAAUUCUAUUCAUUAUGUAUACUCCAAUUUAAUUGUAUGUUGUGAGACUGAAGUGUACUGUUAUGUAUUUAAUAAAAAAAUAUCUUUAGUUUCAUGAUUAGUAGCUUAUUUAUAAUAUAAUAAAAUAAUAAAUUGUGAUUGUAAUUAAAGUAUUUUUGACUUAAUAAUAGCUAACAUUGAUAAAACUCAUAAAAAAGAUCUAAAGCCUAUUCCAAUCGAAGGAGUAAAGGUAAACAAAUUGUACAUUUAUAUAUUCCAUGUGAUUUGCUAAUAGAUCUGCUAUAUUAUGCACUACAAACAGUUCUUUUUAUAUCUUUAUGUAUAACGAUAACGAAUUCGCCAAACAUUCAGAAUGCUAUUUUUUGCAAAUGCAUAAUUAAUAUCAUAGAUUUUACAAAGAUCUCGAUCAAUGAUAUAGCUUAAAUUUUAUGUAAUUGUUUAUUAGUCUUACUAUUCUUGUUUUUGGAAUAGGCUAUACAUAUUUCAAAAAUGAAAUAAUCUUUUAAUCUGUUAACAUAUGUUAGAGAUACAAUAUAAAAAAAUCUUUCAAACUAAAGAUAAGUCAGUUUUUUUUUAGUUUGACAUUUAUGCUUACAUUUUAAACAUCGAAUUUUAAUUGAAGACCCAAUGUUAUGUAGCUAUUUAACCACAAAAAAUCUUUCAAACUAAAGAUAAGUCAGUUUUUUUUUUAGUUUGACAUUUAUGCUUACAUUUUAAACAUCGAAUUUUAAUUGAAGACCCAAUGUUACGUAGCUAUUUAACCACUAAGAUGGAAUUGUAUUUUAUAUGUAAGGACAAUCUUAGUACUAGUAGUGACCAAUAUGACUUGGCUGUAUAGUUUCGUGUUGCCAUGAGUAAGGCUUUAUAUAGGCUUCAGAAAAACAUUAACAGUGACUUUUACAUAGCUUUUGAGUAAGUAAUAUUUAUUUCAUAAGACAAUAAGAUAGACCUUCACAGUAGUUUAUCGAUUCCUGUAAUGUUGUGUAUGAAUAAAAUAUGACACCCGAAAUGCAUGUUUUCAUGAAAUUGUGAUAUUACAAACUAUUAAGAAAAUGAUAUUUGUGAGAAAUAAUCUUUCUCCUCGUCGCGUAUGAAAAUAUCAUUAAAGUAAGUUGGUUAAUUUCAUAGGAUUCCUAUUUACUAAUCUUAACAUUUUUUUUAAUGUAAAUACUUUGUCUACUAUGUUUACGUAAACUCCGCGUAUAAUAUUAAAAAUGUCACGUAAUAA